UGGAAUCCUCAGAAACUACUGUACUUUGAAUUUUCUACGUAGAGAACAAUGCAACGAGUUAUCACUACGUUUUCUCGGGGUAUGGCUUCGCUGAGUUUAAUUCGGCAUCAGCUAUUGCACGGUUUUAGCACAAGGCACAAGUAAAAGCUAUCGUUUAUCGUGUUCUAGUAUCUUCUUCUCUAAGUUCUCAGUACACCAAGUGAAAAUGAUUGGUGAACGUGGAUCAGGUGCUGGCCACGGCGGAGGCGGUGGUGGUGCUAUUCGAGAGGCUGGAGGUGCUUUUGGAAAAAUGGAAGCUGCCCAUGAAGAUCAAUAUUUUUACAAUCAAGAUAAAGCAAAGCUUCAGAAACUAAAAAUGGAUCUGCACGAUGAGAUCUCCUUCCAUGAAGAACAAAUCAAGCGCCAUCAAGAAGCUAUAAACCGUCACAAACUAAGAAUUUCAGACAUGGACAGACGCUAAGUCUAUUUCCCUGCUGUAAAAUUCCUACUUUUCUAAGUAGGACGUUGUUCUUUUUAAUAAUGAAGCUAUUAAAUACUAUGGAUAGUAAUACUAGAA